AUGGGUGGGUCAGGAAAUUGGCUUAAAUCACUAAUAUCUCACAGAAAACCAGUCGAUGAUCAGGAGAGGUUAAGUGAUAAGAGCAGCAAGAAGAAAUGGAAGCUGUGGAGGAUUUCAUCUGAGAGCUUCACAUCUUCUUCCUCAAAGGAAGGUUUUCUCAGGAGCCGAGGAAGCUAUGGACUUUCUUCGUUAGGGUCAGAUCCACCGUCGUUCUCGGCCGACGAGGCUUUCACUGUCGCCAUGGCAGCUCUCAUUCGAGCUCCUCCCAAGGAUUUCUUAUUGGUUAAGCGAGAAUGGGCUUCAACCAGAAUCCAGGCUGCUUUUCGUGCUUUCCUGGCAAGACAAGCGUUUAGAGCUUUGAAGGCUCUAGUGAGAAUUCAGGCAAUAUUUCGCGGCAGACAAGUUAGAAAACAAGCAGCCGUUACACUCAGGUGUAUGCAAGCUCUUGUUCGUGUCCAGUCUCGUGUUAGAGCUCAUCGUAGAGCCCCUUCAGACUCAAUUGAGCUGAAAGAUCCCGUAAAGCAGACCGAGAAGGGUUGGUGUGGUAGCCCAAUAAGUGUUAGGGAAGUGAAAACAAAGUUACAAAUGAAGCAAGAAGGAGCUAUAAAGAGGGAAAGAGCUAUGGUUUAUGCUCUCACACAUCAGUCGAGGUCGUGUCCAAGUCCAAAUGUUAAAGCGAUUAAGCAUCAAGGAUUGAGCAAGAGCAGUCCUGGUUGGAACUGGUCUGAAGAUGUCGGGACAUUUUCAAGGAAAAGUAGUGAUAGCAGUGUAUUGUCUGAACUUGAGACUGUAAGAGUCAGGAAGAACAAUCUUACUUCAACCAGAGUUCUUGCCAGACCUCCCCUUCUACUUCCUCAGUUUUCGUCUGGCACGAGUUCGGAUUCUUUACAAGAUGAGACAUCAACCUCCUCUACAUCUCAGUCACCGGUUGCAUUCCCCGGGAGUAUUCUUGGAGGUGGUGGGUACUACCGAAAGCCAAGCUACAUGAGCCUGACACGAUCUACUCAAGCGAAGCAGAGACAAUCAGGAACAUCUUGCAGUGGAGAUGCAAGAAGCAGUGCUGGUUCAGACCAGUGCACUGAUCUAUAUCCACCGGGGAACGUAACCGGAAGACAUCUCUGGGCCAAGAGCCAGCGAAGCUAG